ACACAAUGAAAGGUGAUGACGUCAUACCCUUCCCAGAGUUCAUAUGACAGCGUAGAAAUCUUUAUUGAGGAAAGAACACUGAGGCCUCGAGUUAUGAUGCGUCCUUACAACCGUGUUUCGUGUGCUUUCGUGCUUUUAUUGGUUUGUUUGAUACAGCUUUCCCUUGUACAACUAUGUCUGGGAACUAAAGAAGCAGAAGACAAGUGCCUUCAAUACAGUAACAAGACCUGCAAAGAUUGUAUUGAACAGGAUGGGUGUGCAUUUUGUGAGGGGAGUAGCAAGUGUGUGAAAUUUGAUUCUGUAAAAAGCAUAAUGAAUAAAGCUUGUGGAAGCCAGGAUUGGAAAUACAAGCAAUGUGUGGUAUCUGGCAAAGUCCUGAUCAUUGCCAUUCCAGUGGCAGGGUUUGUGGUACUGGUCGCAUUAGGAUGUUGUAUCUACUGUUGCUGUUGCCGCAAGAAGAAGCUAAGAGGACCUGGCAAAGAAGAAGCAAAGUGGCGUCGUCAGAGGGAGGAAAUAGAGAUUAAACACAAAGAAAGGCGUGAAGAGAGAAAGAAGAAGCAUGAUGAAAUCAGGAAGAAAUAUGGUCUCUACAGAAAAGAUGCAGACUCAGAAGAUGUGGAAGAUGGCCGCUAUCACCGAUUUGACAAUGCAGCUGUGGCAUAAAUAUAAUCCUUGCCUUCUCCUUUUGCUCUUGUAAAAUAGUAGAGUAGUGGUAUAAUGUGGGGUUUUUUUUUAUUUGGGUGCAAUUAUUAAUUUUGAAGUUAAGUAUAAUGCAAGAAUUUGUAUGCAUUGUUGCAAAGCAAAAUAUGAAUUCAGAAUUACUGCUUGUAACAUUUAAAUUUAAGUUGAUAGUCCCUCAAAACUUGAUCCUCAGUCUUUAAUUCUCGAUAGGGGAUUCCCUAAAGUUGCUAGGCAUAAGGCUAGAAUAGUAUUUCAAGAUGUUUGAACCAAGUGUAGAGGUUUUUUUUAGAGUUUUAAGGCAAGAAAACAAAAUAAGUUCAGCAUGAUUAAUUUUUCAGACAACCUGAAGCUUCCUAC